CGACCGUUCAGCCGCGGACUUCGGUUACUGACGGUACGGUCUCCGCCAAGCAAGCUCUUAGCCCCGCACACUCCCCGGCUAAGUGCUGUGGCGGAUGCUGCGGCGGCCAGGGAUGUAGAGAUGCAUCGUGGCGGAACUUAGCAAUACGGAAUGAAGCUUACCGUUCUCCCUUCCUGCACAAGCUGAUUCUUACCCGCCUUAAGUUGGAACCAGUGGAAUAUUACCCAGUGGUUCCAGAAUGGUGUAGUGAUAAGCGGCAGUAAGUGAGGUUCUAUUGCCAAAGUUUAGUCCUUUCAAGAGUUACUGAGCGGACAAAAAACUUAACAUCCUGAAUCACACCGAUAGAUCUUUGCAGCAGCACUGGGUGGCAGAUGCCUGGGUGCAGGAACAGCAACCAGCCGGUGAGGCGGGCGAGGCUUACGGUGAGGCGCGUCUGGGGAUGACUGUCACCGUGGCGUACGGAGGCUCAGACAGCAUCCCGGGGGGCGAGGCGUCCCCCGGCCUCCCCUCCCUGGUAACCUCGGAGUUUCGCCACAGCAGCGAUGUGGGCUUCAUGCGUGUUGUGGAGGAGGCGUCCCGGGCAUCGCCUCUUUCGCAGAUUACUAUCGGCAAUAUGGAACCUUUCCUGCGGAAGAGAGGCCAGUCGCCGGCGUCCAGAAUAUCGGGGCUGGGCUGGGACGCCGCCAGGAAUGCCGACGACGCGGUCACGUUUGACUGGUCAAGAAACAUAAGCAAGGUGAAGGACACUCUGAGGUCCAAUGCCAGGCUGUCAUCCAAGGAACGCAACCGCGGAAGGUCUACCAGCCAGCCUACUGGUGCCACGCUGCGCCGACACGCCAAUCGCUGGCGCGGUGACGGCAUCAUGACCCCAACCAAUGGUGACGCUGUGCCGCGGCAAGACCACUUCAGCGAGGUGGUGGUGGACAUCACCAGCCGCGAGCCCAGCCCCCUGGCCAGGCACCACCACGUUAAGUGGCCCUCCGUUGUGUCCCUUCACGGACGGACGCCGAGCGGCCGCCGCCGCCACAGACGAAAUUCCCUUACUAAAGAUAAAAACAAACACGCUCUCACAAAAUUUCCACAAAUAAGCGGAAAUGAGGAGCCUGUCAAUCGCGUGCCGCCGCUGCCCGCUGCCCAGCACGUCCAGGACCAAGACACAGACUCAGACUCUCAAAGCAAGACAAGGAGUAGUUUGUUGCAGUUUGAGGACCCCAGGAGGCCUACACCCUCGCGACGACCGCAGCGACCCGGCACUGUGCGGAGUCCUGUGCUGUUCCGCAGCCCAAGGAGCUCCUUCAGCAGGCCCUACGAUGGGAAGAGUCUCCUUCACGACAUAACUUCUACGGCAGAAGCCCUGAAUGAUGAACUGACUCAAAGAACACCGGGGUGGCAGAAGGAGGGGAGGCCUCUGGAGCACACCGCUGCUGGAGGCAAUAAGAGGGCAGAUCUAGAAGGUAAGUGAAUCAAUAGUGAGUAAGCAAGCUGUUUAUUUUUUUUUUCUUUU